AUGUAUAAUAAGGUGUUAAAGGUCUGUAAUUAUGACACCUCUAAACCUCUGAUGCCGGAAAAGGCACUAAUAAGAAUUUUAAUGGCCAAUAACUUCCAAGAUAAUUUCCAAUCCUCUGAUAACUCAACAAAAGGUAAAGUCAAUCAUGAUAAAACUACUAGUGUAAGACAUGAAUCUCCAUCUCAUGCAAGUUUGAAGAUAAGAAGUAAAGUAAGGACGAUGGUAUUUAAUUCAAAUGGAACAAGAUUGUACAUAGCAACUAGAGAUUCCGUUUAUCUGUUCAAUGUCCAAUCUAUGGCGGUAGAACACACUCUACAUUUAAAAACAACGACACUAAUUGCACACCCAAAACACCCAAAUAUUUUCGCUCUUCUAGUUCAGGGUUCCUCUCAAUCUAAGCCUUCCGUUAAAGUUUUUGAUGCGAAAUACACAGAAUCCAAAAGUUAUAAGGUUGAUUUAACGUUAGUUUGUGUAAUCACAAGUGCAUUUAACGAGAACUGGUACACUGGAUGCUGGUCCUUGGAUGGGAAGUAUAUGGCUCUGGUAGAUCGGGAGGAUACUCUACAGGUUGUAGAGUUUGGCAACACAUUUAAGGAUAUCCAGUUGAAGGAAAACUCUUCAAUAAAACUUGAUUCUGAAGCUUAUGGCAUAAUUUAUACCAAGGAUCACUUGGUUAUACACAGAGUAGAUGGCCAUUUACAGGUUUUUUCUCUUGAUUUGAAGGAUUGUUUUGUCGAAAGAGCUCACUCACACAUUGUUACAGCCUCUGCAUUUGACCCGAAUCAAAACAUUCUUGCCACCGGGGGAAGCGAUCACGUUGUAAACCUCUUCGAUGUAGACUCACAAAUGGUAUGUGUAGCAACAUUUCCGAGACUUGAAGGCCAAGUAUCGAGUUUAUCCUUCUCCUCUAACGGAACCCUGUUGGCUUGGGGAACAAAAGACUCAGCUCCUUGCCCUAUAGAUGAUGCUACCGUAAUUGAUUCAACCUUGGAAUCCAGUACCUCUUCCUCUAAAGAAACAGAAGACAAACCUCCUCAAUAUUAUCUCACAAUCGCAGGUGUAGACCCCUCAGAAAUAUAUUAUCAACAUAGCACACCUUCGCCAGUUGUUCACGUUGCAUUUUCCCCAAAUAAAUCACUUUUGGCCUAUGCCUGUGAUUACGACUCAUUCACAAGGGUGGGUAAGACCUCCCAUGGGAACCUCGUUGGCUUUUUACACUUUUAA